AUGACUAUUUUUACUGACUUUGAUGCUGGUCACCGUGACCUGGUAACAGUCACGAAAUUCAACUUCUAUGGCAACCGUAUUUUGACCGCGUCUUCGGAUCAUCGCAUCAAGGUCUGGGAUCAAAAGGAUGAAGGCUGGGAACUUAUAGAUACAUGGCGUGCCCAUGACGCUGAGAUUCGCGAUGCAGCAUGGAACGGACCUUUUACAGGGCAGCACAUCGGCAGCGUUGGCGAGGACAUGAGAUUCAAGAUAUGGCAAGAAGACGCUACUCAGCCUCCGAAUUCCGGACGCCGCUUUCGAAAUAUCUUUCGACUUACAUCCCCUAUUCGCGCCCCUUAUGUCUCGCUCGACUUCCGCAACAUUGACCUCGAAUCAUAUCUCGCGCUUAUCACGCGUGAUGGCCUUCUCACGGUUCUCGAACCUGUCAGCCCGGAUAGUAUGGCAGAAUGGCAACAGGUCGAUCAGUUCAGAGUCUGCGUAGAGCCGUCGCGCGGUGAGGAAACCAGUUUCAAGGUACAGUUCUACCACGACGCCAUGGAUAUCACGCAAAUCAUUUUGCCUGGAUGGGAUAGCAAGUGCCUAUCCCUCGUUGUCGCCGCUAUGGACACUGUAAAAAUUUAUCGCACAGAUGCGAACCGGCGAUUUUAUCAUGCCAUCGAGCUUGGAGGGCAUGGCGGCUUGGUGCGUGAUAUAUCAUGGGCCAACGGAUCCGUGCGCGGUUGUGACCUGAUUGCUAGCGGGUCGAAAGACGGCAUAGUGAAAGUAUUCGAAGUCUACACGACCUUAACUAAUUCUGCCAAUAAUACAACAAAUGGGGCUAGACGGCCUUCCUUGGGCCCCCUUCGCUCACCAACUGGUCGAACAUCUACGCAGUCGGGUAUUGGUACGGCUCUUGCCAACCGCUUACCUGCUACACUGAUGAAUCGGCAAGGGGGUGGAGAUGCAAUUUUCAACCACACAUACAAAGAAGUCGCAUCAAUUGAUAGCAAGCAUUUGGACGUGUGGCAGGUGGAAUUUUCCCAAGCAGGAGAUUGCCUCCUCUCUUCUGGUGAUGAUGGCAUGGUUCGAUUCUGGAAAAGGUCCAUAUCCGGCAAAUGGCUUGAGUUUGCAGAAACCGAUAUGGCUGAUGAAUGA